AAACCCAAGGCUGUGUCCAUAAAAGUCUACAUCUGUGUGUGUCCAGCUGUUUUGUGGGUGUGUGACGGCGUUAAGUUCGGUCAGCUGUGCAGCAGUAACCCGAGCAACAGCCGGAGGACGUCGGACAGAUGGGGACAGGGACAGUACGGAGCCGGACGGGGGACCAGACCCCACCAAGGGCUGGACAUCAAGUGCAGCGACGGCGACGCCGUCUACGCUCCGUUUGACGUGACUCUUAACGGGAGACUGACCGUCUACACCGACCCCAAUAAGGCAGCCAUCAACGAGGGCAUCAACCUGUCAGGAGAGGGUCUUUGUUUCAAGCUGUUCUACGUGAGGCCGGACCGAACCUCAGGAACGGUGAAGAAGGGGCAGAGGAUCUGCACCAUGCUGCCCAUGCAGAGCGUUUAUCCGGGAAUCACCUCACACGUCCACGUCCAGAUGUUAACGAUAAAACGAUAACAAAAUUACGCUGAAAACUGAUAAAAACU